AUGGCAGCUUCCGCAACCGCGGCUAUCUUCUUCGGCAGCAGUUCCGGUCUAUGCCUCCUCCGCGGAGCAGAGUCCUCCAAGAGAAUAUUGUCUUCCAUGACCCAAGCAGUUUCCGAUAUUGGGUUCCUCACCAAUCAGCUCAGUGGCCUCAAAAUCUCCUAUGACGUGUCGUCUCAGCUCCCCAAGUCCCGUCUUCACUCCUUCCCUCCCUGGCUUUCAGCGCAUUGUUGCUCAAUUUGUCCUUUUACUGGGAAGAAAGCAAACUACGCAAACAAGAUUUCCUUCUCGGCCCACAAGACCAAGAAGUUGCAGUUUGUGAACCUGCCGUACAAGAGGAUUUGGUGGGAAGGCGGGAAGCGCUUUUUGAAGCUGCGCUUGUCGGCCAGAGCAAUCAAGACCAUAGAGGAAAAUGGACUGGAAGCCGUUGCCAAGAAGGCCGGGAUAGAUCUACGCAAGUGUUGA